CUGGACAGUACAGAUGCUCAAAUUUAUUUUGCGGAGACCAAUAAUAUGCAAUACCGGUAUUGCAAUGCACCUACGGCUCUAGAUUUUUAUUAGUAAGUGGUAGCAUGCGAGAAGAAGAGUGAAGAUUUUGUCUGGCCUCCUCCGCAUCCUACUUCAUGCCGCUGUUGUUAACAUGAAGCGUGGAUGUUUUCUUUGUUGUCUUGUGAGUUAAAUAUUGGAAACUGAAUUCUUGAUUUAGAAUAAUUGCGAAUGGAUUCUGCAGGACAAAUCAAGACAUUAGAAUUUGGCGUUGGCUCCCGACCAGGCCUCCGCUCCAGUUCAGCCAUCCCGCCAGGAGAACCUAUCUCAAUGGGGCAGAAUGCUUCGACGUCAUUGACGAGCGCAGCAGGUGAUAGUCCUACGUCGACAACUACUACUAUUGGUGAUCAAGUGGUGGGUGAGCGCUCGAGGCGCACAUCAGAGAGGACUGGCCAAGCUACUACUAGCAGUGUGCGCUCCAGUUCCAGCUCACUCGGGAGAGAGCAAAUCAGUGAGCAGACGUCUGAGAAGAAGGGAAGAUCACGCAGUUCAUCUGUUGCAGAAAGCAACAAACCAACAACAAAUUCAGUUUGCCUUCAUUGCGGUGCGUCUCUUAAUGGUAGUAAAGAGAAGGUUGAGUUUGGUGAGCUGUGGCAAAUGCAGUUACGUAUGAUUGACGAACAGCGUGCAACCCUUCUGGAACGUGAAGCAGAAAUGCAGGAACUGCGAGAAAGCCAUACUCGGCUAGAAAGACGUCUUGAACGUCAGAAUCGGCGCUUGUCUAUUGCGUGUGUUCGUGGUAAUCCAGAAAUAGACAAUGGAGAGGCUGGAGCCUCAUCCAACUCUUCAUCCACGCCCGCGACUAGUACUGGAUCAUCACAACACGCGAAGCUCAGAUCCAGCAGCAGAGUUCAAGCCAAACACCUGUCAGCAACCUCAUCACCACACUCCCCAUCCGUGUCCCGCUCGCCGAGUCCAUGUGCCCGUGCUAGUGCGAAUAAGUCGGCGCCUAACAAGCGCCCAAGCACACCUGCACCACCCAACCAUCUCAUCACGAACACAAUGUAUGAAGCACCUGUAACGCAGCAGUUUGCCUCCGCUCUCUCCAGGGACAAUGAGCCUGAGGCUGAUCGCGGCGAGGUCGUCAAAGUACCAUCAUGGCGCAUUGUUGAGCCCGAACCCAAGUCCACGCACGCAACGUCACGUCGCCUUCAGGGUGGUAAAGACACCGAGAACUUGUCGGAUGAGGCAUUCCUACAGCGGCAUUCGAAACAUGAACAAGAGGAGAAGCGUAUCAAGCGUUGGGAUAUGCAGCGUGUGCGGAAACAACGUGAACACGAGAAGCUACUGAAGCGGUACGAAGAGAAAGAAGUGCGUUGGCACAACCAGAACGCGGAAGAGAGUCGCGAAGUCAUCAAUACCUUCAUGCCUUCACUGGACCGCAUUGAGAGUAUUGAGGUCACUGAUGAUCUGCCUGUUACUGCUUUUGGUCGACUGGUGCCAAAGUUGCCUCCCAAGGAGUUCUCGCUUCCUUGGUUUAACCCGGCAAAGCGGGCAGCGGAGACUCGGGAGAGUGAGCCACGAAAGACGCGAAGCAAAGCGAAAAAGGAAAACUAACGCUUUGCGGAACGGUAGAACUUGGAAGGUGGCAGAGACCAUCGCCGCGCCAUCGAGCAGUAUGCAUGGGCACCCUUUUUCGUUGCUGCUGCUGACACCGAGGAGCAGUAUACUAGUACGUAUACCAUUUCACUGUUCUUGCUGUUGUUGUUGUGAUUGUUGAUACUGCUACAUGACUUGUAUUCUUGUUUUUGUCCUUGUCUCGCACAUUGUUGUCAUGGCAAUGCCAGCGGUGCCACAGUGUUGUACCACUGAAUAAUCUACUUAGUUUGCUGCUGCUGCUGUGCGACUAGAAUCACCUAACCCCACCUGUCAGUCACUGGUCCCAUUCUGUACAACUGCACACAGCUGCGUACAGAUGUAUAAUUCACUGUUUAGUUAUCACCUACCAACGACUUGUCUUUUUUUAUGGAUCAGUUUUAUCGCCAUGGAUGUUCGCUUUUUCCGACUCCUUUCACCAAUGCCUUUCCGCUGUUGACUUGCAUUCUUUUUGUGCUGGUGUUGUAUGUCCGGUUGCUGGUACAUGUUCCCGUGUGGCGUGUUCAAGGCUUUGUUUUAACCUCGAACCCGGUAUAUUAGUUUACCGGGGUUUUCUGUUUGUCAUCCGUUUCUUUGUUUGUUAGGUUUGUUUCUCCUUGUCUAUUAUUAAAUGCUGUGUUGCGGGCAGAGAUGAAGAAAUAUUGAGGCCCCGCUUUCAUUUUCUUAACGCGUCGCCACUCUUGCUGGACAUGGCAAUGUGCAUGGCUGCCUGGUACCUGUGAGUCUGCCAGUGUGUGUUUCACCACAACCCAUGCAGCUGCCACUACUGGUCUGGACUUGUCAGUUAUGCCCAUGUCCAGACCUGCACUGACUUCACAUGAUGAAGUAGACAUUCUAGCUCAAAUUAGCCAGGCAGAUGAUGAAAAGUUGUCCACGUA